CUCAUUUCAGGGCCAGCGCUCAUUUAGACAGGAUGCAAUCGUUAUAACACGGAAUUCGGUCUCUUGAUUCAUAGUCUUGGAAACAUUCGGGCUAGAAUGGCCGCCCGCCACACGGCCACGGUUCUACUCAGCUCUCAAGCUCGGUUGAGGACAACUGCUUUGAUAUCGUCAAAUACACAACCAAUACAACAGACAAGAACUCUCUUCGAUUCCCUUCUGUCGUCGACAUUCGGGAACUGCGCGCUUCGUUCUAUGAGCCAUACCAAAGUUUUGCCGUACUCCGCUGCAACAGUCUUCAAAGCCGUCUCUGACGUGGCGGGCUACCCGACAUUUCUACCCUUCACCAUUUCAUCCAACGUCACAUCGAGAGAUGCUGCAGGCUAUCCGACACGAGCUAGCCUGAAGGUCGGGUACGCGACACUCGGCAUUGAGGAAGACUGGGAAAGCAUAGUCCGGUGCGACCCAGCUCGAGGAAUCAUCGAAGCAAGGAGCAGCGAGGAGCACAGUGACGGACUUUUCGAAAUCUUGAGUACAAAGUGGCUCAUUGCGCCUUCGAAGGCUGCCAACGACAGUACGGCCGUCAAGUUGAACGUCGACGUCAAGUUUCGGAAUCCUCUCUACGAUCAAAUGUUUGCCCAGGUCGAGAGCAAGGUCGCAAGUACAAUGGUGUCGGCUUUUGAAAAGCGGGUGGAAGAGCUUCAUCAGAAGCAGGAAAUGCGACCGCGGUGAGAUGCGGAAGGCAGCAAGGAGCGGAGACAUCAAUUGCAACCGACGUGCACCUGAUACCACAAAUCCCUCAGAAGACAAUCACUUCCUGGGUGGCAAUCUGCCAAUUCGCCGAGUCGGGGAAGUUCGCCGGCCUGGUUUGUCUCGUCCAGGAAACGACUGAGAGCACAUCACCUGGUCCGCGCAGUGUCAAAUGCUGAGGAAUUCUUGGACUGCGGCGUCAAGAGACACUGGCAAAAAGUGACAGCACACAUGGAGCGCCGCAGAUCAUUUGGAGGCGACGAUGCCUCUUUCACCACUCACUCAUGUUCGAUCGGAUACGUACAUUAUGCAGGCUGCGCAGCCAAGGUGUUUUUCCUUUGACAGCCUUGUAAGGGGCUUCGGAGCGGCGACAUGGGCAGAGGAUACAUCCUCAGUGACGAACUCUCCCUGCCUGAAACUAUUGUAGAUAGUACCGGCGGCUGUAUGUAUUGAAUGCAUUUCUUCGACUGCGAACUGGCAGCAUCACAGUAUCGUCACAAGCCCAUGACGCACAACCGAAGGGGACGAAUCUCCUGGGCGGCUCGAGAAGGAGACGAAAGGGACUGUGGCAUGGACCACGCUGCAUGAAAGGCUUGUAGUACGCGGGAUAUCUCGCGGAGCAGAGAGCAACG